AUGAAUAACUUACAACACGUCCCGAUGGGCGCAGGUCAAGCUGUUGCUAAUGGUGUUGCGAAUGGUGCAGGCCAGGCGGGUGGUGCCGUAGUGCAACAGGGAGGGGCUGCUGUGCAGGCUGUGCAACCUGUGAGCAUUGAAUGGGAUUUCACACUACAGCUGGGUGGAUUCUGCUUGCUUAUGGGCACGACGUUUGGAUUUCUGGGAGGAUACAGACGCGACUACUCAUUCGACGUUGCUGCAUAUGCGAUUCUAAUCGUGAAUUGUCAAUUCUUCCAACCGAUACAGGUGGCAACGAUGAUGUUCGCCACAAACGAGCAAGAAAAGAAAGUUUGGACGAUUAUCAAGCAGACGGCCUUUGCCGCUGGGACUGUCAUUCUGUUGACCGGCGCUGUGGUGACCAGGUUCAAAAGGCCUGGUGCAGUUUAA